AUGUCCUCCUCCAAGCGCGUUGAGUCGCCCUUCGCGCGCUCCCUGCUGGCCGGAGCCGUGGCCGGCACCACCGUCGACCUCUCGCUCUUCCCGCUCGACACGCUCAAGACGCGCCUGCAAUCCAGCGAGGGCUUCAUCGCCUCAGGCGGCUUCCGCGGUAUAUACCGCGGCAUCGGCUCGGCCGUCGUCGGCUCCGCGCCCGGCGCCGCCCUCUUCUUCGUCACCUACGACAGCGUCAAGCGCGCCCUCUCCAACAGCCGCAACCGCUCCCUGCAGCUGCAGCAACAACAACAAUACACGGCCGAUGGCACCAAGAUAACACCGCCUGCCGCGCCGGGCAGCGGCGGCUGGGCCGAGCCGCUCAGCCACAUGGGCGCCGCGAGCCUGGGCGAAGUGGCGGCGUGCGCGGUGCGCGUGCCCACCGAGGUGGUCAAGCAGCGGGCGCAGGCGUCGCAGCACCCGUCGUCGGCGGCGGCGCUGCAGCACAUCCUGCGCCAGCGCCACGCGCACGGGCUGGCGCACGUCUGGCGCGAGCUCUACCGCGGCUGGGGCAUCACCAUCAUGCGCGAGGUCCCCUUCACCGUCAUCCAGUUCCCGCUGUGGGAGGGCAUGAAGGAGUGGAGCCGGCGCACCAAUGGCAAGGACAGCGUCUCCGCCUUCGAGGGCGCCGCCUUUGGCUCCGUCGCGGGCGCCGUGGCCGCCGGCGUCACGACGCCGCUGGACGUGCUCAAGACGCGCCUGAUGCUGUCGACGCAGCGGCAGAAGGUGGUGCCGCUGCUGACGUCGAUAUUGAGGGAGAGCGGGCCGAUGACCUUCUUCUCGGGAAUUGGCCCAAGGGUGUUUUGGAUCAGCACGGGAGGCGCGAUAUUCUUGGGGAGCUAUCAGUGGGCCAUCAAUGCUCUUGGUGGUGCGGACUAA